CUUAGCUGGCUCUAGACAGUGGUUUAUUGUCGCUGAACAGAGGCAGGAGCUGGUUGUAUGCUGUUGGGUUUUUCUUGUGUGUUAUAUGCCAUAUCAUUGGAUACGGGUUAAAAAUGGAUUCACAAGUUGAUCUUCAGCAAACAGAUAAUAGCACACCAGCUGAAUCAACAGAUCAUCCUCCGAGGAUGACCAGACAGCAGACUCUCACCCUAAUAUCAAUGGCAUCUGUCAACUUCAGUUCAAUGAUCUGUUACUCAAUAUUAGGCCCUUUUUUCCCCAAUGAGGCAGUCAAGAAGGGAGCCAGUCAAACUGUCAUUGGUCUCAUAUUUGGCUGCUACGCUGUCUGCAAUUUCAUUGGCUCAUUGAUAAUGGGGAAAUAUAUUGUCCAAAUUGGUGCAAAGUUUAUGCUCGUGAUGGGGCUUUUUGUUUCGUCAGGCUGCACCAUUCUGUUUGGGUUACUCAAUCGGGUAUCUGCAGGACCCAUUUUCAUAACUCUGUGCUUCGUAGUGAGGUCCAUAGACGCUUUAGGCUUUGCCGCUGCGACGACCUCCUCUUUUGCCAUUACAGCAAAAAUAUUCCCAAACAAUGUGGCAACUGUUUUGGGUAGUUUGGAGAUUUUCACAGGACUUGGUCUUAUUCUGGGGCCACCGGUCGGAGGGUGGUUCUACCAGUCUUUUGGAUAUGAAGUCCCUUUUAUGUUUCUUGGAUGUUUCCUGUUGAUUAUGGUUCCAUUCAACAUAUAUGUCUUGCCAAACAUAGAUUCAGACCCCUCGAAGGAUUCAUUCUUUCGACUUCUCACCAAUGUGAAAAUCGUCCUGAUCUGCUAUGUGAUAUUCACUCAGAGUGCAGGACUGGGCUUCGUGGAUGUCUCUUUGUCCCUGUUUGCUAUGGAGAGGUUUAAUCUCUCAUCUGGCUACGUGGGAUUCGUCAUACUUGGUGUGUCAUUACCAUACUGUCUGGCAUCACCGCUGAUUGGGUAUUUUACUGAUAAAUAUCCUUCCACCAGGUCUUGGUUCAUGGUGAUAGGGGGUGUCGCAACAGCCAUUGGCUUCUCAAUGCUCGGUCCCGUCCCUUUCCUUCACAUCCCGAGUAAUCUGUGGUUGCUGAUCAUCAUGCUUGGUUUAAUUGGGUUUUCUCUGAGCAUGACUAUAAUCCCCACGCUCUCUGAGAUCAUCACAUGUGCAAAUGAACAAGGAUAUGAAGAAGGAUUAAGCACUCUUGGAAUGGUGUCUGGACUGUUUGACGCAUUUUGGUCCAUUGGGAUGUUUUAUGGCCCAAUAGUGGGUGGCCUUAUCACACAACAUCUGAGUUUUGAGUGGGCAGCUGCAGUCCAAGGAGGCUUGGUGCUUUUGGGUGCCCUUUUCCUAGCUGUGUAUUACCUGUGUCAUCCCCCGCAACAUCAAAGAAGCGUUCGAGAAGAUCUACGAACAGAUGAAAACACUCCUCUCCUGACUGAAUGAAGCCCUCAGCAACAUGUGGAAGGACGCCAUACCGUACAAAACAUGAUCUAAAUGCCUCAACUGCUCUGGGCAUCAACCUCCAAGUUACUCAAACGGUUCCAUUGUUAACAAUGGCUUUUUGAUGUUUUUAACCCUUGUGUUGUCCUUCGGGUCCCGGUGACCGAAGGACAAAAGGGUUAAUACAGCAUCAUUUUGGUCAGCUUAAACUGUAUUUAAAUGUGCUCUAGAAAUAAACUUUACGUACUUAAUUUACAAGAAACAGAGUUUAGAGAGCAAUUCUCAAAGUAAACAGAAGUACACAAUCCUUAUGUCAACAACACAAGGGUUAAGUUAUACGUUUUUUAGUGUGCCAGGGACUGUGAUGCUUUCUACUUAGAUCGUGGAAAUAUUGGCCUAAAAACAAAAGCAGUACAAACUUUAAGAUUGUACAAUUUUUAAAUAGAUCAUUUCAUAUUGUAAAUGAUUAUGAAGGAAUAUAAUCUACCACUGGAAAGUCCAGACAAGCUGAAUGGGUCUACUGAAGGAAAAACACCCACUUGUGUGUUCACUAACUCUAUCCACCCCAUGUCUGUGUACAGUUAGUAAAGUGGCAUGAUGUUUAAGUUAACCUGAGCUGACAUCAUGCACUGCAUAGCCUGCUUAGAUUUUAUUUGACAGACAAAAUGGCAUAAGGUUACCCAGUUGUCCACUGAAACAUUAGGGGUUUUCUAAAAUAAUUUCCGAGUGUCACCCAAAAUAAAUACAUAUCUAUUUAUCCAAUUUAUCUUAAAUUAUUUUGAAAUGAAAAUACACAUUAACAUUAAUUUAUAGGCAACUCAUACUUCUUUAAAAUUAUAGCAACAAGCAGAAUACUUAGUAUCCUAGUUGCAUCGUUUCAGGUCCGUUCCAAAAAUGAAAUGCAUACCAUACAUAAGGUUAUGUUUCCAGGAUUUAAAAGGACCCAAAUGCAGGGAGAGGCAGGCAGGCAGAAGGGUUGAGCUUGAGGAUUUAUUUAACCAAAAACAGCAGGCCGACGGCCGACCGUUGACAGAAAACCCCGUCAAUAUGAUCAGUCGCGUCCCCGAGGUCCAAAAAACUGCCACAGAACAGACCAAAAAGAUGAGGAGACGAGAUGUAAUAAAUCUCUAUAACAGCAGGUGGCGCUAAUCUGUAAUGUUGCCCAAUAAAUGAAAACCGGCAGCUGAUUGGACGAACGCGUCACAUGGGUUUGUUUU